UUUAUAGUUAUUCAUUAAAAUGGUAGCUACAAAAGCAGAAGAAAUAGAUAUUCCUGAAACGUGGGAUACAAUAAAAUACAGUAAACCAAUUUAUCCAACAUAUAGCCGCGGUAAAGUCGGCAGUUCUUUAUAUUGUAAUAAUAAAUUUCAUUGUUAUGGUGUCGUUCAUUCAAAACCCACAUAUGAUUUAAUGCCAUAUCAACCCACGGGAUUUGGAUUUGCUGAAAGAAAUAGAAAAUAUAUUCCACUAAGUCAUGUGCAAGACAGAAGUCCACCAGGCCGAGAAAACAUAUUGUCGAGAAAAUCAAAGAUGAUGAAGAUUUACGAAAAUGCAAUUGAUGAGAUUAAGGAAAAACAAGAUAAAAGAGGUGGAUAUAGAGCAAAGAAGGAGAGAACUGAUGAUGAAGUAAGGAAGAUCGAGGGUAAUUGUAGGAGACUUGUCGCAAAACUAAGAUAUGAAGCUGAGAAUAUGACAAAUGACACGAAUGAAUUGAUUGGAGAUGCAAAAUAUAGGAUUCAUCAAAUAAAUAAAAGGCUUCGCAAUUACAAUGAAUAUAUUAUGAGAAAAUGAGUAAAGGAUAUAAGUCAUGUAUCAUAUUAAGGUUACACUGAA